AUGUUCGUCGAUUUUUCAAAAACUCUUUACUUUGCAAUAUUUUUUCUCAAAAUUUUCUCGUGCUCUGCGCUUAAUGAUAUAACCCAAUGUGCUGUCGAAGUCGCAAAUCAUAAUUUUAAUUAUCGCCUGUCAGCUGUUAUUUUGUACAGAGAUGUAAAUGACAAGCUGGUAACUGAUUUCCUGAAAGCCUAUAAAGGAACUGUUAUGAUUGAAAGUCGAGGAGUUGAACCAGCAAAGCAAGUCGUCAUCAUCGUUGACAAUUACCAGUCUUUUAUCAGACUUUUGAGCAUGCUGAAGCCAGAUCUUCGAGGAAGGAAUCUUUUGAAUGGUAGAGUCAAACUUCUAAUAGUAAUAAAUUCAAACCGGAGGAAACUUGACCACAUAAACGGCAUUUUAUGGAGUUAUUACGUCACCGACGUAGUUGUUGUUACAAAAGACAAGCAAGGCAGGAUUGCGUUAUACACCUACUACCCUUACAAGAAUCACUUGAACUGCCAAAAUACCGAACCUGUUCUAAUCGGCUAUUGGAGCCGAAACAUGUCCUAUAGUGACAUGUAUCCUGACAAGAUGACUAAUAUGCACGAAUGUCCUCUAUACAUAUCGACGAAUAAGAUUUAUGAUCAAGCGACUGAACGGAAGAUACCAUUACAAACGAUUAAGAAGGCUAUUGUAAGGCUUCUUAGAGAUAUCAUGAAUUUUACUCCCAUUGUGUCUGCGAGAGACUACAUUAGUAUCGAUUCUGAUCGAGCCAAGAACUGGUCUGAUUCUUUGAACGAUGUUAUUUCAGGUUUUGCUAAUAUUUCUACUUGCACUAUCCCCUUAGGUGUAGAUAGAUUAGGCCUUCUAGAUUAUUCGAUGCCUUACUUCAGAAUUCGGAUAGCAUGGCUGGCACCCCCAGUAGCUCCUGGUCCCGUAUGGUGGCGACUCCUUUCACCUUUAAACGGAUACCUGUGGCUGAUACUAUUAGUCGUGACAUUUUUAGUAAUAUCUCUUCCUUUUGUAUUAAAACUCAAACGUAUUAAGUAUUUUUGUCAUCGUUAUUUCAAAAACUUUGACAAGGUUCAGGGCGCUGCUUUUAGAGUAUGGGGAGCAUUGUUAGGUCAGACGAUUAGAGUAGCUCCGAGGCGCUUCAGGGAUUUCUACAUCGUGGGACUGUGGUUGUGGUUCACCUUUGUCGUCAGGAAUGCGUAUCAAAGCGUCCUGAUUGGAGCCUUGAAGACGGACACUCUUACUGGUAACUUCGCGAACUUGAAGGAAACUGUCGACAACGGUUACAACUUUGGAGGUCGCGCUGGUAUUUAUUCUCAUUUCGAAUUCGAUCCUCUAAUCAGGGAUGGUUUUGAAAUAAUCCCUGAAGUGAAAUUCGAAGAAGUGUUUCGUGAUCUAAUAGAUGGUAAGAAGAAGUUUGUAUUAGCUGCCUCUUUGGAGUAUGCUUACGCGUAUUGCUUGGCUCAAGGUAAGAAAGAGAACGAAUGUGGUCAUGUUCUACCAGAUUCUAUAUUAACCGUGCCUUUAGUUGUUUGGAUGAAGAUGUACUCACCGUUUGUGAGGCCUCUUACUACAUGGUUGCCUAGAAUGAUCGAAAGCGGUUUGUUAGAGAAGGACGCAGUUUUGAAGACCAGUUACGUCACGACGAUUACUUCGGAUCCGUCGCCGUUGACUCGUCACCAGACGCUGAGUUGUUUCCUGUGCCUUGGUUUCGGGUGUCUGAUAUCACUGGUCAUACUGUUGUUAGAGAUCGUGAGGAAGAAGACCUCAGAGUAUACGGUGGUUAAGAAGAGUCAGCUGGUGGAGUUGGACCGUGAGAGCGAGUUUGUUAUUGAUUGUCAGGAAUAG